AUGUCCACCCGCGAACACUCCUCGCACCGACAUCCGCGCCCCCACCGGGGAAGCGACUCUCGCUCCCGCUCCCCAGACAAACACAGACGCCAUCACCACCGCGACCGUGAUCGCAGUCAUCGACACCACCACAGAAGCCACAACCAUGACCGUCGCGAACGCCGCCCCGAACCAUCGGCGAAACCAAUCGUCCUCCCCUUCCAAGCACGGGAGCUCUCCAAGCGCGACCUCUCGACCUACGAGCCCAUGUUCGCCAUGUACCUGGACAUCCAGAAGGGGAUCCUCCUAGAAGAUCUCAGCGAAGACGAAGUCAAAGGACGAUGGAAGAGCUUCAUCAACAAAUGGAACCGUGGAGAACUCGCGGAAGGGUGGUACGAUCCGAGUACCCUUGAGAAAGCGCGCCGGAGCGCCCAGGACGAGCCCAUUGCGUCUGCUUCCGGGCGGCACCGCCGGUCCCCGGAUUACGGCCGGGGCGAGGAUGAAAGGGCAGACCAGGGGGAGGAGGAUAAUCCCGACGAGGACGAGGAUGAUUACGGCCCUGUUCUGCCGAAAUAUGACCAGUUGGGUAGAUAUGACGGUGGUCGCGCGGGACAAUCGUCUGGGCCGACUAUUCCUACGAUGCAGGAUCUGGAGUUGCGGAAAGAAUCGGCUAUUGAAGAUGCUAUGGCGGCGCGGGAAGACUCAUGGAAACAGCACCGUGCUGAGGUACGCUCGCAUCGGUCUGAGUUACGACAGAUGGAAGAUGAGGUUGCGCCGCGGGCUGAACCGGGGACUCAUGAGCGGAAGAUGGAGAAACGCCAGGAGGCUGCUGCUGCGAAUCGAGCCUUUGCUGAGUCUCGGCGGGGUGCUUCUCCUGAUGGGGCCCCGGAAGAUGAACUGAUGGGUUCCGCGGACAAUGAUCUGGACGCCCUCAAGAGGGCUAAGGCGACAGAGCAGCGGAAGAAGAACGAGCGGGAAAUUCGGAGGGAAGAAAUACUCCGCGCACGCGCUGCUGAGCGGGAGGAAAGAUUGCAGCAAUAUCGCCAGAAGGAGGAUGAAACCAUUGGGUGGCUUAAGGCUCUGGCAAAACAGCGGUUUGGGUGA